AGGCCGCAACGCCGCACGUAAUGAGCUAUUGAGCGAGAUUUAUUGUGCGAGUUUUGAACGGAGAAGAGCUGGGAGCUGAAACGAGAAGUCACGAGAGUUUGCGAGAAAAAAAAGCAUCCGGGAUAUCUAGCUAUCAAACUGCGCAUGUGCAGAUUAGCGUCAAGAAUGGUUGGGUUUUCCCAGCCCGAGCCAUUCGCUUUGUCAGAACCAUCUUUAUCUAGGCGGAGAGUCGUUAUAUUAGGUGACUCGAUUGUUCGAGAUUUACAGGAUUAUUUUACACACCUAGAUAUAGAUUACGAACUUGAAGUUUUAUGCUUUCCUGGAGCAACCGUUAGAAGUUUGCGGAACAGAAUUAGAGAACUAUAUCCACAUUACGAAUCUUCAACGAGCGAUGUUAUCAUCCAUGUAGGGACUAACAACUUAGCCCACAGUUGUUGGGAGAUUGAGGAGCCUCGUUUUCUCAAUCUUUUUAAUACCAUUAGAGAAAUAUUCAGAGGAGCACGUAUAUCUUUCUCAUGUAUUUUGCCUCGAUGGGAUUGUCAACACCUACAUGAUUUGUCCGUUAUAUAUAACAAUGAACUUCACACUUUAUGUAGAAAUUUGAAUUUGUCUACGAUCGAUUUGACUGAGGAUUUUGUCGACAGUGAUGAUCUUUUUACCAAGGACUUCGUUCAUUUGAAUAAAGUUGGGAAAGCAGUUUUUGCAUAUUUGUUGGAUGCACAUUUAAUUCAUGCCGUCCAUUUGAACAAUUCCCCCAGCAGCCUUACAAAGAGGACAUUGAAUGUGUAUAUUCCUCCUGAACUUAAAAUUCUGCAUCCUAAGAGAAGGAAAUGUUUGAAAAAACCUAUUCAAAACAAGUCAGUUGUAAGGAAGGUUCAUCAAGUUCCAAGAGGAAAUACACGCAAUAGGAGGAAGGUCAAGAAGCCAAGAAAUGCUGGAGGGGGGUACCAGUACCCAAGGAAGACUGCAGCGAUUCCCCCACCACCUGAACUUCCACCAAAUCGGCACAUCCCAGAGAAAAUUUUGGCAUGGAUGCCCUACAUUUCCUCAAAUGAUCCACGGUCCUCUAAGGGAGGAUUGGACAAUCUUCCUGCCCAGAGGAAACUAUAUGUCCGAGAAAAGUUGAAGGCGAAACGACAUAGGCAAAGGAAACAUCAAGCUGUUCGUCGGCGCAAGAGGAAGAAGGCCAAGGAUUACAAUUACUUGGAACACACUACAGUACUCUGUCAAUAUUCAGCAGUAGGAGAUCUUCCACAUAGCCCUCUGCAAGUUCCAGUGCUGCCAUCAUGCCCAUCAGAUCAAUCGGAUCUGCAUCCCGAUGCACCCACUCCUGAUCAUCCACAAGCUGUGAAGGCUUCACAGUCUGUCCCAACAGCAACUUACGCGUCAGAUCAUGUGACUUCACGAGGUCUUUUUCCAGCGCCUGUUCCGUCAAUGGGACUUCCUUCAGAGCCGGUGCAAUUGACAGAUCAUCCUCCGGACAUGGCACAUGUACGUGUACAUGUAGAUACCCCAGAGCCUCUUCCGUCAACAGGACUUCCCUCAGAAAAGGUGCCUUCAUCAGGUCGUCCUCCAGACAUAGUGCAUGUGACUACCUCAGACCCUGUUCCUUCAAUAGGAAUUCCUUCAGAGCCGUUGCAAUCGACAGAUCGUCCUCCGGACAUGGCACAUGUAGCUACCUCAGACCUUUUUCAGUCAGUGGGAAUUCCUCCAGAGCCGGUGCAGUCGGCAGAUCGUCCUCCAGACAUGGUUCUCACUAGCAGUGUAUGUAAUGUACAAAUCACAAAUAUUUCCUUGUCGCUGGGGUGAAGACAAAGCAAGGACCACCCUGUCAAAAAUCAUCAUGUGGUCCUUGCUUCCUUUGCACAAAAUCUGCCAUGCGAUAUUUCCAUCUAUGUUCAAUGAAUAACAAACCAUUGGUUUCUUUGAUUAAAACUACUCACCCCGACAUUCAAGAUAAUGUUUGUAUUUGUAGGCCCUGUAAACUGAAAUAUUCUAAAAAGCUGAAAGAUCCUAUUUAUACUCCUAAAAAAACUCGCAAAAAGGAACGUAGUACUUGCUUUUUAUCACAUUAUGAAUUAUGUUCUGAAAUUUCUGAACGAGAAUGCCAGUGUAGUCUGGCUUCUUUUAACACUGCAUUUUCAUUAGAUUGUGCUUCCAUACCCCCUACAGUGUCUUUGUGCUUGAAGCACAGGUCAGAAUUAUCUCAUUCGGAAGUUUCACAAACUUACAGAUAUUGUUCAGCCUGUGAGGUUCAAGUAAAAGAAUUUGAUAAAGCAUAUUCAUGUUCCACGUUAUCUGAUGAAGAAGUGAAUAAGAUAAGGAAAGAUAUCAAUGAUAAGUUCAUGAUAAAAAAUGAUGAUAUUUUAUGUCCAUCUUGUUAUAGAUUUUGCCAUGGUAAACGUAAAAAAACAGCCAUAUCAUUUAAAGGAAUGGAAGCUGAUUUAAAAGAAAGCAGUUUUGAUAGAAGUAGCGAUGAAAUGGUAUUAUCAAAAAUACUUAAUGAAGUAUAUUUGUAUGUGUGUAAAGUUUGUCAGGAAGAUUGCUGUUUUUUAUUUACUUCUGUAUAUGAACAUUUUCUCAAACUUGUUAAGGCCGAAUCAGAGGAUGAAAGACAAGAAGACCAUUUACAUAAAAGUAGUAUAUUUAUAAAAGGGAGGAUUAUUCACCAGUUUGGCAGUCUUUUAAAAUCACAUACAAGUGCUCGUAAGAAAGGAACUUUCUUUUAUAAGUCAGAUAUGUCUCAGGAUGAAAUUAUAAGUGCUUGGCAUUCAUCACAUUCAAAACUUAGAUCUGUGACACAAAAUGUCAGUAGUGAGGACAGAGAUCCUGUGAUACCCAUAUUUACACAUUCUAGUUCAUCAACAGAGGUUAAUCUACAAUUUCGAAAUGUAAUUCAUGAAUGUAAUAAUUCAUUGCGCCUACAAGCAAAUAGUAUUACAAAAGAAUUUAUACAAGAUCCAUUAUCACUUUCUGAUUUUGACAUGAGCUCAGCUGUAUCUUAUUUUGAUCCACUUGUUUGGAAUACUAUUUGUAUUUUGACAGCAACUCAUGAAGAAAUGAAUUUCUUUAACCGGUCUUCUCUUCAAGUUGAUAAAGAGUUUUUAGAGUUUAAUUCUGAUAAAACGCAAGGUGGUACUCGAAGAAGGCAAAGAAGGAUAGCUUGCAUAUUUCUUAUGCAAUACAUUUUGAAUGAUGAGAAUGGUUAUCCAUUGCAUAUCAUUAUUGCUAAUUGCAUAAAGAAGCUGUCCCAUUCUUCAAAGUUGCUUAGGAUUUUAAAUCAUAUUGGUUUAGCAUGCUCAGAAAGCACACUAGAUAGAUUUUUAACUGUCAUUCAUGAUCAGCGUUCUGAGGCAGGCCCACUGUCACAGCUUUCACCGUCUGCAGUAACAUUUGUUUCUAUAGAUAAUGUUGAUGUAUUAACACCUUAUGCUGCUGUCACCGUUGAUAAGUCAAGGAGUUGGCACGGGACAUCUGUAAUGGCCCAGCAACCUAAACCUUUGACAGAACAUUUGCACCAAAAUGAAAAAAUUAACAGUGAUCCUCCAGUUGCUCAAAUUACUGAAGAUUUUGAUGUUCCUAGUACAAGUGAAUCAUUCUUGUCAAAGCCCCCUGCAAAAAUUAAAAAACCUAGUGUUCGUAGACGAUUAGCAAAAUUCGAUUCUCUUGAUCUCCCUGGGCCAAAGUCCUUUAAACCUCCGCUUUUUAAAACUUCAAUCAGAUCUCAACUCUCCUCUGAACAUUUUUCAUUCACUGCAGAAGAUGUCAACAAUGAAAAGGUGCAGUAUGAUAGAAUUAUGUUGUAUGUCAUAGAGAGGCUCUAUUAUGUUAUAAGAAAUGAAUCACCUGUUAUUCCCAGUUUUAAAUGCAAACUAGCACUUGAAGAUAAUCAAAAUGUUGAACAUUCCAAAAUUUCAUACAUGUAUGUCUUAAAUGAAAAAGCAGAUUCACCAGUAACUAUUAAGCAUACCCUUGGACUCCUUUAUGAAACAUUCAAAAUUAAUGAAACUUUAAAUCAUUUAGUAAUUGCUGGGGAUGGAGCCACUAUACGUUUACUUCUUAAUGUCAAGAGAGAAUAUGGAGAGACACUUGAUUGGGUCAUUCCAUAUUUGGGGGAUUGGCACAUCCUGAAGAAUUUUCAAGAAGUUCUAAUGAAAGUAUUUUGGGAUUCUGGUUUAAAGGAUGUGGCAAAAUUAACUCAUAAACAAUCCACACUCAGCAGUCUUGCCAGUUGCUCAAAUUUUAAGCGAACUCACAGAUUUCUUUUACAAGUAUAUGAAGCAAUUUUCAUGUUACAGUUUCAUACUUUUCUUAGCUAUAAGAGCGAUAAUGAUAUCUCAUUUGAUAAUGAAAUGUUUAUAGACAAAGUUAAAGAUGUUGUGUCAUGUUUAGAAUUUGAAGAUGGUAGUUUUUCAGGCAUUCCCAAGUUUCUAGAUGCUCAGCAGGAAUUUUACACAGAUUCAGUUCAACCCAUUAAAGAAGAGUUUUCAACAUUUUGUCAAGAAAUGUCAGAGAAAUAUGAAACUUUCCGAUUUUGGAAUCAGUUUUUGUCGAAAGAUUGUCUUUCAUACAUCAAUCUUUGGUUAGCUAUAAGAACAGGGGAUUGGAAUUUAAGAUUAUCAGCACUAAAGUCAAUGGCCCCAUUAUUCCAUGCAUUUGACCGUCAAAAUUAUUCAUAUCUGAUACCUGUUCACUUGAGUCAGUUACAUAGUCUCCCUGACUAUAUUUUGGAUCAUUUUGAAAAGGGGGCAUUUGUCACGAGUUUAACAGGAGCAAACUAUUCUCGAGUAGCUUUAGAUGAAGCUCAUGAAAUGACUAUAAAUAAAGAUGUUAAAACUGCAUUUUCAGAGCACUUGCCAGAACAUGUGGAAAAAAUAGGGGCAACCUUGGAGUGCCAAGCAAAAAUGGUUAACAAUAUUGAAAAACAAGUAGGUGCUAGUAGAAAGACUGUCUUUCAACGUGAUCUUAGCAAAUCUGUUGUUCAUGCAGAAUUUUCAAAUGUUAAGGCAUAUUUCAAUGUUUUGAGAAAGACGUCUAUGUUUUCUCCUGUUCAACCAACCACUCUUUUUCAUGUAUUUUCCAAUGUUUCUGCUAAUCCUAUUCAGCAGAAGGGUCUCCUGGAAUUUCGGCAAAUGGGUGAAGAAGCAUAUGAUUCCUUGUGUAAAGUUCAGAUUUUAAAUGACACUUCAGUAAAAAAACCAGUUAUCAGGAAAUUCAGAUUGAAAACAUUUUCUAAAGAAAAAGUGAGAGCCAAAAAGGUGAAUGAUUUGGAGAAAGAAAAGCGCUUAAUAACUUUGUGCUAUAAAAGAACGAUUGCAUAUUCCGAGGAGAAAAGGCUACCAAUCUCCGAUCUUUGCCAGUUUGUUGAAACUCCAAGGGCAAUAUGUCUGCCAAAUGGCCUGCCUUACAAAGGGGCAAAGUCUGUCAUUUAUGAUCAAUUUGAAAAACGGUACACUUCCAAAUAUCAAAUAACAAGUAGCAAUACCAGUUUUUCUGAUGCAAAUGUCUGUGCUAUCAUUGAGGGAAUGAACAUUAUAUACUCGUCUCCUUUAAAACAGUUUAAAACUUUUAAAGAUUAUGCUGGCUUUCUCACACAACGAUGGAUAUGCUCUUACUACCGAAGGGGGUAUAGAGAAGUACGCAUUUUAUUUGACCAAUAUGACACUCAGGGAAUAUCUCCUAAGUGCGUAGAAAGAGGUAGACGGGAUAGUGGGGAUAAUGAAAAUACAGAUGCUUAUGAAUUCAUUAGUGACAAUGUGCCUCUACCAGGUAAUUGGAUGAAUUUCUUAAAAAUAAGAAAAAAUAAACAUAUGCUUUGUAGAUAUCUCUCUCAGUAUUUCAUAAAUAAUGUACAACAGUACUUUCAAAAUGAUUUUCAACUGUUUGUAACUUCUGGAGGAUUUCAUGUUGGAAAAAAUGAAGAUAGCGACUGGACAGGAGCAAUGGUAAACAUGAAUGGAACCAAAACACAUGAACUCAUCCAUAAUCAUGAGGAGACCGACUCUCAGAUAUGGCUCCAUGUUGAUGAUACAUCAUGCAAUAAGAUACAUGUCUAUUCCAUCGACCGGGAUAUUGGGAUGAUCGGUCUUCCUCUCAAUUUUGAAGACAAAGAAGUUGUCAUACAGUUCAGAGCAAAGGUUGGUGAUGAGAAAUUCCUCAACUUAAAUGUAUUACAGUCUGCUUGUGAUAAAGAUUCUGAUGUCUCUCAUUUGAUUAAGAAUGAUAUAAAUGUUAGAAAAUGUUUUCAAGUACUGUAUAUCUGUUCCGGGUGUGAUUUUGUCUCUUACUUUGCCCACCUUGGUAAGGGUAUUUUUUUCAAGACGUUUUACCAGUUUGCUUCAUUUAUAUCUGGUAACCAGUCUACGUCAACACCUGGAAAUUUAUCUCAAACAACUGUUGGAAAUGAUUCUGAGUUGGGACUACUGGCCUUUUAUCGUUUGAUACUGUGUGUGUACUUUAAUGCAAAUAGGGCUUGCUUGCAUAAUUUCGUAUCUCCUGUUGAACUGUUCAAUAGCGUUUCUGGAAGUACUGUUCAGGAGCAUCAUUAUAAAGCGCUCGAUAUUGUACGGCGAGCAUCGUGGAAGGGUACGUACGAAGAUCAGCUAUUGCCCUCAGAUGAGGCGCUACGUCUUCAUUGGUUGCGUAGCUGCUGGGUCAGCUCUGUUUGGAAUAUGGUUAGAAUCCCCAAAUUUUUAUAUCCGGAUAUAAGAAAUUACGGAUAUAAAGUGUCUGACAAUGAUGGGCAUGUCGAUGUUGCUUUUGAGUGGGAUUCAAUGGAAAACAUGAGUCGUGUCAAAGAAAAGGUCUUAUAUCUCACAAGGGGUUGCUCUUGUACCAAAAGUAAGUGUGUCAACCGUCUUUGUAAAUGUAAGAAACAAAAUAAUCUAUGUGGUCCUGGAUGCAGAUGCAAAAAUUGUGAGAAUAUAUCACAUACUCUGCAUGCAGAACAUGAGGAUGAUGUUUCUGAUGAAGAUGUUGAAAGUGACGAUCUGAGUGUUAUAAGUGAUAUGAGCAGCUCAUCAUUUAUCGAUGAAAUGAUAGAAGAUAUUGAUACAGGUGCUAUUUCAGAAUCUGAUGAUUCAGAUAUUUCUGAUAUUUAAAGCCCACGUCAGAAUCCAAAACUAUAUUGAAUUCUUCAUUUCCAAUAAGGUCUCUAACAAAACUUGUUACAGUUGUCUUGUAACUGGGCUUGUUGAUUUUGAGAAUUGUUAUACAAAUCUAGAUCUAUAUUAAGUACCAUAUUAUUGUUUGGUUCAUGAUCUCAGGGAAUGGAGAAAGAGAGUGCUGAAUUGUGUGUUAAUCCUAUGACUGGAGUAGCAAUACACUGAAGUGCAUAAUAUAAAAGAAAUGAAAAAGUGCUAUGAAAAACAGUUAUUCUUUCAUUAUUGAACUAGAAUGCCAACAUGUAUUCUUCGUAUAUUUAUUUUUUUAUGAUACAUGACAUGAAGACUUUUUGAGCAUAAAGUUGGACCUUUGAAAUUAGUCUUUAGAUACGCUUGCCAGUCUUACAUGUAUGUAUAUAUAUAUAUGUAUAUAUAUAUUUUAACACCUUGAAUAUACUCUAUAACUUAGCCUUGCCAAAAUGGUCACUGCCAUUUUCUUGCUAUCAUUUUGUGCUUUAAAAACAUAUUUGUCUAGCUAUCUAGAUUAAGAUUCAUGAACAUUUAGUUUUUGCCAGUCUAAGUACAUCUCACCUUGUAAAUAUAUAACUUAUGCCAAAGAAGUCUGUAAUAUACUGUUGCCGUGCAUAUAGAUUUGUGUGCUUACAUGUAUGUCUACAUGUAGGUCUUCCAAAUUGUUUUGGCCAUAUCAUGCCUUGGACCAUGAAACCGAACUCUUUGUGUCAAGGUUCCACAGUAUUAUUUUAUGUAUGGACAUUUUUUUUAUUUGGAUAUUCAGUUGGUUGGAUAUAACUUCUAUUAAAUAUGCUUGCCAGUUUAUGCAUAUGUUAUGUAGAUAUUUUAGUCUUUCAAAACUAAGCCAACUAUAUCCAGUGGAUGACAUGUUUAUGUGAUAUGUCAACCAGUUAGGUGUUUAUUAUAAUUAUUCAAAGCAUGUGUAAAAGUACAUUUAAAUGUGUACAUGUACAUAUAUAUUUUGUGGGAAUAAUUUGAUGAAUUGAAAGUGUUGAUAUCAGGAAAGACUCAAAUUACAUCCCAUUUUAUUUUUCUGUUAUCUUGUCCAUGCUGGAAAAUAAGUUGUAUUAUCUUAUGACAAAUUUUGUCUUUGCAUUUUUUUUAUUCAUUGAAAACAAAGAUGAGAGAUUUUUUUUUAUCCAUCUCUACUUCAUGGAAAGCAUGUGAGCAUAGAUGGAAGAGAUAUAUUCCAUUAAAGGAGAUUGAAAGCCUGAUUCUAAGUACUGUGUUAACCAAAUACAAUUCUGGUAAUCAUGUGAGCACAAUGUCAACAUUAGAAAUAUGCGAAGAUGACUUAAUACGUUUCUUUUGAUCAUGUGUUUCAAACUUAAGUGGAUUUCUUUAAUCCUAGUGUUCAUGCUGUACGUCAUAACCAUGCAGUAUCAACAAAUAUUUUUGACAAAAUUGCAGUACAUGUACAGUCACUGCCCAGUCAUAUAUCAGUGAAUCGUUUGCUUGAAUAAUCAUCUUAUUCGAAGAUCUUUCAUCUUUUAUUGUCCCUUGUUUUAACAUUUCAUGUUUUAAGUCAAAGUUAUUCAGUCCAAACAGACUUGACAUAAGCGAGGACAUUGACUUUGAAUGUGCUCACAAAUGCUAAAAUUACUGCAAACACCACUUUUAAUGGUAUGUAUAUUUGUAUUGUUGUUUCGUGGACAUAUUUUUUGUUAGUGUGUGAUAAGUACUUACGCAUUCCAUUCAUUGUCUUUCAUUUAUAAUAUAUGUUGUUACCUUGCCAGUUAUAUUCUCAUGUUUUUAUGGUGCAUCAUUCAUUAGUGGUAAGAAAAAUUCAUGUCACUUUGCUAUCAAGCAGUACCUCAGAAAUCAGUAUUAUGCACCUGUUUCAACAUUCCCCUGGCAUUGUAGGCCAGUCUCUGAACAAUAUGAAAUAAAUGUCAAGCAGUUUAAUGAGAUCAA